AUGAAGGUAAACAAACCGCAAUCGACGAGUAACUCGUUGACUCAUCCUACACAGCCAGCGGCAUCAGUACCGAGACACAAGGCCGCUACGAACGGAGGUGCGAGCGAUGUAUUGCAACGUAAAUCUUUUGCACAAGUUGCUCAGAAUGGUGUAUGGAAAACUGUACCUCCAAGUGACAAAUUGGUUGAUCAGAAGAAAUACAGAUUACAUAAUCGAUUUAAAGGCAAAAGAGGGAAUGCACUAUUGGAUUCUACGGUUAAGUUUAAAGCAUUGGAAUCAAAAACGACAUGCCGAAAAAUGUGA